GUUUAUUUUGCUCUAUAUAAAUGCUCGUUCCGGGCUUCUGCAUUCAUUCAUCGUUGUGGCACCAGGUAAGCAGCAGUCGUUGCCGUACGAUGCUCCACCGGAUGCCAUCAGCUGAAAGAAAGUAUAUUACAAGCAUGUAUCAUUUCGGUAUACUGACGUACCUAACAGGAGUAUUGCCUGUAGAGGCGAAACGUGCGUAAGUGGUGAAUGAGCGGCAUUACAGAUAACUUCACUUUUACGUACAUUUCGCAGCAAAGACUACUCCCAAACAAUGCCAUAAAAUCUGAACAUUUCAUUUUCAAGCACACCCCUCCUUUCCCGGGCAUUAUUUCCUGCACUUUUAAGUGCACAAACACACGGGUGACUGCGCGUUUCCAAAACAACUUGGCCUCAGUCGACACGAUGGUACGCCAAGUACACAAAGGUGGCUACAACAGAGGCUCAGCCAGACCAUGUUACACGCUCGCAGAAUGCCUUCUGAUCGCACUCAAGUCACACUCGUGGGUGCAAAGCCUGUUUUCAGUCGCUCAGAAUACAUAAAUGUCAUGUUCUUGAGCUCCUCCGUGUUAUCUUUUACGCGUCCUGCCGGCGCAUGCAACACUCCCGUGUUAUCACUCUCGGCAAUCACUCGUCGCGUUUUCGAGAAGCGUGAGUACCGAAAUAAGGUGUACAUGUUGUUGCAGGACUAUAAAAUGCGUCACUUGUCCCACUAAAAUUCAGUACACGCAAAACUAACUCACUAUGGCCGGCUUGCUUUUUUGCUAACAGCUUCACAACCCCAGGCGCGGCGAGCAAGCCUCAAUAUAUCCCAAAAAGUUACUAAAUAAAUUGCAAUACUUUUUCGGGUCAGAGAAUGCGUCACGAACUUCUACCAGUAAGAUUCAGUACACGUGAAACUGCGGCACACAGCCGAGCUGCUUUUCGCUAACUGCGCCACUACGCCGAGCGCGACCACUACAUGUGCUUGAAAAGUACCCCAAAAAGUUGUGAAAUUAGUUACAAUAAUGUCUUGGGUCAGAGAAAGCGUCAAAACUUGUCCCGGUAAGAUUCAGUACACGCGAAACUGCGCCACACGGCCAAGGUGCUUUUAGUCAGAAAGCCAGGUGCGGCGAGCGUGUGUAGUGAACACAAAAAUGCCGCGGAUAAGCCGCGGUGCCAGCGGUGCUGCCAGCGCGGAACAGAGCCGACCGCAGUCGACCGUAGCCAGCCGGCCGCCGAUAGAGAACCGGCGCACAAAGAAUAAACUAUGGUGGCUAGAGGUGGCCCUCUAGCCACCAUAGAAUAAUUAUGGAGAAAGGGAUAAUAAAGAUUAGUUGGCACCGAGACUCCAAGCCCCACGCCUCGUCGCUGCUUUACCCGGACGUGAUCGCCAUGAAUCAGCCAAGCGACGCCGACAGCCCCACGGUAGCCCUACUUGAUGUCAAGCUACCUCCGUUUUGGACUGGCGACCCGGAACUUUGGUUCGUGCAAGUUGAGUCGCAGUUCGCUGCACGCCGCAUCACUGCUGACAGCACCAAAUACCACCACGUGGUGGGCAACCUCCCGCCUGCGACGGCCAGCGAGGUGCGGGACCUACUGCUAACGCCCCCCGCAGAGAACGCCUACCAGACGCUAAAAGAGAUUCGCCGUAUCACACCGACAGAGCCCGAGCGUCUCCAACAGCUACUGCGGGAGGCCGAACUUGGCGACCGCCGACCCAGCCAGUUGCUACGCCACAUGCAACAACUGGCCGGCGACGCGACUGCAAGCGACGGUCGUUUAGUGCGGGAACUGUUCCUGCGAAGCCUUCCCACAAGUGUACGGAUAGGCCUCACGGCGUCGGGCGAGACAGACCUUGCCAAGAUGGCCGAGCUCGCCGACAAACUCAUGGCACCGUCCGCCAAUUCCUUGCAAGAGAUGCGAGAGGAACUUUCUCGCCUCGCAGACACCGUCGCAGCGCUGCACUCGAGCGGAAACCAGCGACCACGACAGCGUACCGCAUCACAACCACAACAACGUAGGGUGUGCUGGUACCACCGCAAAUUCUGCAACGCUGCACGGAACUGUGUGUCGCCCUGUGAAAAUUCGGGAAACGCCCCGGGCCAGCACUGAGGGUGACCAGUGCCCCCGCCCCGCCGGACAGUCGCCCAUCGGUGUUCUUCCUGACCGAUCGGGAAAGAGGUGCUCGUUUCCUAGUCGACACAGGGGCGGAAGUUAGUGUCGUGCCGGCGUCGCCAGCAGACCGCAAACGACCGUGCGCAGCACCGUUGCAAGCUGACGAUACCGACGUACGGGCAACGCUCCCUCUCGCUGGACCUGGGCCUCAAGAGGACGUUUCGGUGGAUUUUCGUCGUGGCUGACGUAAAAUUUGCCAUCCUGGGAGCGGACUUUUUGCGCAACUUCGGACUGCUUGUCGAUGUCCGUAACCGGCGUUCACAGGACCCCAUGUCACAAGCAGAAGUGUGCGGGAAGCCAUCCAGGCAUCCACCCCUCAGCCCCACGUUCGUAGUACCGCCUGGCGCUACACGAUUCACCGGCAUCCUCGGCGAUUUCCCCGAACUGACGCGGCCAGCGCGGCCGUCAAGCACAAUGUAUGCCACCACAUUGUCACCACAGGCCCACCAGUUUACGCACGCCCACAUCGCCUGUCCCCGCAAAAGCUGCAAGCAGCUCGACAUGCUCGAGCUCGGCAUAAUCCGCCCGUCCGCUAGUCCGUGGGCGUCUCCACUGCACAUGGUGCCGAAGUCUACACCAGGAGACUGGCGACCCUGCGACGACUAUCGAGCCCUCAAUCAAGCAACCGUGCCCGACCGCUAUCCGGUACCUCACAUUCAUGAUGUCACGUCCAGCCUACAUGGUGCGGCAAUUUUCUCCAAGGUCGACCUCGUGCGGGCGUACCAUCAAAUCCCCGUGGCUCCAGAGGAUGUAUCGAAGACGGCGAUAACCACGCCCUUCGGCCUGUUCGAGUUCCUACGCAUGCCGUUCGGCCUGCGAAACUCCGGACAGGCAUUCCAGCGUUUUAUCAACGGCGUUUUGCAUGGCCUCGACGACCUACUCAUCGCAAGCACUUCACCGGACGAGCAUGAGGCGCAUCUGCGAUCCGUGUUUCAGCGCCUGGCGGAGUAUGGCAAUCCUGGUGAACACGGACAAGUGCGAGCUGCAGUGGCGUAGCUAGGUCGUCUGGCACCCGGGGCCCAUAGGUCUUCUGUCACACCCCCUCACCCCCGGGUGUAGUCGAGGAAGGCGAGGAUAUCGACAAUUUCCGGGUUUCAGCACCAGUACAGCCGCCUUGGACACCGCGCACGUCCCCCGGGUCCCCCUCUCCUUCGCUUUCGUUCCCAGAGGUCGCGAAUGCAGCAGGUAUUACGGCGAUUACGGAGUCGCCAUCUAUCGGAAGCGCCUCGCAUGGCAUGGCGCGUUUUUCGCGAGCGAAAAACGCGACGGGCGGCAAACGCCCGCGUUGCCGCCGACGCGCGAGCACCCGUACAAAAAAAAAAAAAAAAAAGAGCGGCGCUUUCGCGCCGCGUUUUCCGGGUUGCCAGACAACAUAACUCUCAACGACAUGUAUUGUCUCUUUUACCGCAUAUAUAAUAUGCCCUUAAACUUACAGAACACAACAAUAAAAAUAAUGUGAGUGUAAUUAGACAGCGACAUUUCUUUCCGAGGUGUAUUUAUCAAGCUUAAUUUCAAGCAGCAAUAUUGUGUGCGAAACUGCGACUAUGUACCUUCCGCAUGGUGAGAAGCCGCUGCUUGCAUAGAGACAUGCGUUUCCCCGCAGGCCGGCUGAGGCCGGUGAACAAUAGAAGGCAGCAUCCACGUGACCCUGCGUUCCCGGAUGUUGGUUCCCUAAGUUGGUUUCCAACUGUCCCUAUGAGGCCACUGAAUACCUAGUGUGUCACGUGAUUGGGGAGGUUUCUUCCCUGUAUUACUGCCGGAAUAUACAACAAUCCUAGCGCGUGCAAUGACGCAGAAACCACGUGCUUCUAAACGCCGUCUCUCCGCUUCGGAAUGGCGCACGUCUGUGAUCGAGCUGCCAUCGGCGAUGACGAUCGUCGCUGCGAAUUUUGCAGCCAACUAUUCAUGCAGAGGAAGAACAUGCUGCAACACAUCAGGAACGUUCACAGAAUGGCCGUGGAUGUCAAGAAAUUGAUGAAAUGCGACGUAUGUGGCACUUCCCUGCCUACAAUGGAGAAGUAUUCGGUGCACCAGAUCGCUGCGCACAACUUCGAGGCUGACUACGUGCACCUGUGUUCCGGAACAAUAAGGAAUUUCAUGAAUGGAAAGCAGAAGAAGAGGGUAGCCAAAACUGCUGGUUCAUUUUGCCCAGGGACCCCAAAAAGCUGGCCAGUGGAGAGACAAGGAUCCACUAUUACUGUAAUAGAUCAGGCGAGGCAAGGAAAAGGGAAGGUCAUAGUGACCGUCGGGAGAAAAGUCAGGGGAGCUGUAGGUCUGGUAAGAUAUGUCUUUCAUUUAUUACCAUCACAAUGGACAACACUCAGAGUCCGACACCUGAAAGCACCACCAUAAAAGUCAGGUAUCAAAGAAACCAUUAUGGUCAUAAACCAGAAAUUCAGCACUUGGGAAUGAGUGACAAGGAAAAGGCCAGCGUAGCAGAGAACCUAGAAAGGGGUGUGCCCAUGAAAACCAUUCUAAAGCGAAUAAGAACAUCUGUGGCAUCCAAGCUGAGGCCAGUGCACUUGGCAGAGUGCUCAACCCUGCAUAACAUCAAACGGCAGUUUAACAUUGCUGCUCCUGAACGUUGUCACACUAAUGACGCUGUCAGUGUAGACAUGUGGGUGCUUGUGAUGAAAGAAAAAGGUGAAACACUUGUCCGCCUGUACAAGGCACAAGGUGCAGUGGACCCAAGUGGUACAUUUUCUUCAGCAGACUUUGCUCUUGUUCUGAUGACAGAGCCUCAGAAGGAGCUACUAGAAAAAUUGGGCCCUGCAGGGACUGUAUGUCUUGACUCCACACAUGGUACUAUAGAGUACCUGUUUGACCUGACCACGCUUCUGGUGCUAGAUAAAGUAGCAUCAGUUGUAGCUAUAGCUUAUUUCAUCUGCAACCACAUGAACGAGCAAACUUUGACAGCAUUCUUCAAAUAUCUGGAGUCGGCCAUGGCCAAAAAAGUGGCCGCUAAGACAUUGAUAUCUGAUGAUGCCUCGCAAUUCUACAAAGCAUGGUCCAGGGUCAUGGGUGCCGCAAAACAGAAACUUCUCUGUGCCUGGCAUGUGGAUAACAAUUGGCGUAAGAAGACACUCGAGUGUGUAGAGAGACAGCUAAGGCCACAUGUUUACCAUAGUGUGUGGCUACUCUUAGAGUUCCUCGUGGAAAAGGCAUUUGAAGAUUAUUUUAAGCAAUUCCUUUCUAGUGAGGAAGAAAAACUGAGGGACUUCCUCAAGUACUUCAAAGACCACUAUGCAGUUAGGCCGCAAGAGUGGGCCUAUCGCUUUAGGACUAGAGCAGCUGUCAACACUAACAUGCACCUUGAGAGCAAGCACAGGACGUUAAAGCGUACUAUGCUGGAGAGAAAACAGAAUAAGCAUGGUGACAAACUAAUUUCUGCCCUCAUGGACUUGACAAAUCAUUUUUUAAUGAAAAGGGCUAGCCAGAUGAUGAAAGGGGCAAAGGGUAAGGAGCGGAGAACAAUUUAGAAGAACCACAGGUCUGGCAGUGAAAUGGCAGCUUGUGCCAAAAUAAAUGAAGAUGGCAUAUGGACUGUGCCAUCUCAGUCUAUUAAAGGGCUCUCAUACAAAGUGUCAAAAGUGAAAGAUGGUGCUUGCUGUCCUUUGAGGUGCAAGGAAUGCGCAGUGUGUGUGCAAGCACAGUCACUGUGCGGUCAUCGCUAAUCCAACUAGCAGCAACAAGGCCCAUGAGAGCUCACCCAAAGAAGCAUGUGAGGCAAGUCGGGCAUUGCACAUUGUACGGAGUAUAACAAAGCUGGAAGCAGCCAAAGCAGUGUCAAGCUCAACACUCUUAAGAGCAAAAAUGGACUCAGUCAGACAGGCAAUAUCAGAUGGUGAAGUCUCUGAGGGUGUGGCUGAGAAGGCAAACAAUUUGUUUUAGCCAGUUUUCAUGCUUGUGGAAAGUGAAAGUGACCCAAAAAGAAAGAUGCCAGACCAUUCAUAUGAACCAGCCAACAAAAAAGUUGUGCACCUGUUAAGAUUUCACUCUACAAAAAACCCUAGAUUGUCGCAGCCAUCAUCUAGCCUUUCAAGGCCCACUGAAGCUCAAAAGGAAGUCCUUAAAUAACAGCUUAGGGACAGCAACAUAGAAACUGAAGAGAUAACCACGUCAGCAGGGCACGAUUACUGGUAACAAGCCUCCAGUGCAGUUAGGAAGAGAGAAGUGGUGCAGUAGUGCUGUGCUGUCAUGCCUUAUAGAAGCAGGUUGAGGGCUCGCAUAUAAACAAAUCAUGACAUGUGGUCUCUGAUGAUUAGCCCGUCUGUUUUUGUCUGUGGUGUGCAGCCAUAUGUCACAGCUGGAUGGUAUGUGUGUUAGAGCACGAGAGAUGCCUCCAUGCUUGUUGUAUGAGCUGCUGGUAAGUGUUCUGUGAAAAUAGGUACAGACCCAGUGGUUAUCUCUGGUAUGUGGCAGCUGUUGGAUUGUAGUGUGUUAGAGCACGCCUCCAUGCUUGUCAUAUGAGCCGCUGGUAAGUAUGUCUGUACAUAGGAAGCGCAUUGGACGGUGUGUAGUGUUUCAGUGUGCAAAAGCCUCCAAUGUGUUUUGCUACUUAUAAAUUUGUGUAAACACUCAGUAGCGCAGUAGUCAUGUUGUUGCACUGCUGAGCUCAAGCCUGCGGGUUCAAUCCCAGCAAAGGUGGCUGCAUUUCAGUGGUGGUGAAAUGAAAAAAAAAAAAAAAAGCGUGUAGUUGAAUUCAAGUGCACAUCACAGAACCCAAGGUGGUCAAAAUAAUACUGAGUCCCGCACUGUGGCAUGCCUCAUAAUUCGAUCUAGAUGUUGUGUUCCAUGUGAUGUUCUUUAUUGCCCAUUUGAAUAAACUUUUAUUUUUCAGAUUACCAAAAUAGAGGGUAUAUGCAGUGGUGUUGUGUGCAGUCUGGAUAAGUUGCUCUGGUCAUGUGCACUCAAUGAAAACUUCUGCAUAUUUGGCUGCAGCAGACAGUGUCAUAAUGAUAGUAAAAACUAUGCAGAAAGCUUUAGGCCACUCUACAUAUCAGAUCAGUUUUAUAUUGCAUCCCUUAUGGUGCUUAUGGUGGCAGAAUAAUAAUUGGCAAUGCUUCCUUACACAUUUAAUAUUUUUUUCUUUUUUUCUUUUGGAAGAGCAACCUUGGAAGAAUAAUCUACAACAAUGCUCCUACCUUCUCUUUCACUGUCUCCCCAUUUCUUUUCUACACUUCAACUUCAUUGUACGCACUAUCUUAUUCUCCUCUUCAUCCUACAUUGACGGUGUGGGAAAGUGAGCUAAGCGUGCAUAAAGAUUGCUGUGCAGAACUUAAUUGCAGCACUGACGAAGACAAAUCUUUGUCAAAAGGUUCAUUACAGCUACAUUCCCCCUCCAAACACUGUUUAUCACUUCAAGCCUUCAUAUUCCUGUGAGCUUUUGUCUUGUUUAACAGUUGUAACAGUCAUACUAUUUAUUACUAUCAAUAGCCAGCAUACAUUUAGCACUGCAAAGUGCUGUUUAGAAGACGUGUGAGUUUCUACUUCCCUUAUGAUAAACACUCCAGACAUUCAGUCUCUAAUUUAUGAAAAUCUUUCAAACAUUGCCAGUGAUGACCACCAUAUGGGUUAAUGUCGGCAUGGGACUGAGGCUUUCCCGCAAAAAGAACAGUUAUGUUUUGCUCAUAUCAUGUGACUGACAGUUUCUGCUGUAAUUUUUGCACUUGUCAACUGCACUGUGAAGAGUUCGUUUCUGUGAAUAUGUGCUGGCCUGAUUCUUCUUAAUCACGCAUUUCAGAUCUUGUGCUGUGAGAUGAGGAGGUGUAAAAUAAAAACACCGUGUAGAUUUCACAAUGCCUUUAAGAAACCACGCAAAGCUUGGAGAUGAAGCAUUACAUGCAACUUGAACCAAGUGUCUGGACACAGCAAGUGAAAGUUGUUUUGUCAUGAGUGAGGGUGUCGGCGUUACUUGUAACUGCCUUUAAAUAAAAGUUUGUUUCAAAACAGUG